AUGACUUCGCUUAGUGAAUCUGACCAACAGGACUGCAAAGCCAAAAAAGACGUUGAGAUUUCAAAUCACAGCGCCGCUCCAUAUUCGAGAUUUGGCACUAGUGAAAAAUACUUUCUAGUGAUUGUUUGUGCAUCUUGUGGUAUUUUUUCCUCAAUUGCAGCGCGAAUCUACUAUCCAGCGCUGAACGUUAUCCAGGAAGAGUUCAAUGUCAGUCAAGAGCUUCUCAAUAUUUCGCUUGUAGUCUAUUUCAUUUUUCAAGCUAUUACACCAUCUGUAAUAGGCGGGUUUGCCGACUCAUGGGGUAGAAGACCUGUUAUACUUUGGUCUUUAGCCAUUUAUGUGGCUGCUUGUAUCGGGCUGGCUCGAUCAAGUACCUACGGACAAAUUUUGGGGCUAAGAUGUCUUCAAAGUGCCGGAAUAUCUCCAGUGAUAGCCAUCAAUAGCGGACUUUUGGGGGAUGUGACACAACGACACGAGCGAGGCGGCUUUAUAGGAAUCGGAUCUGGUAUACAGCUAAUAGGAUCGGCAUUUGGAGCUGUCAUUGGCGCAGGUAUUAUAUCAAGAUGGGACUGGAGAGCGGUCUUUUGGUUUUUAGCAAUAGGUUCUGGAGUAAGUUUGACGACGAGCGUAUUUCUCAUGCCAGAAACAAAUCGCACUAUAGUAGGAAACGGAUCGAUUAUUCCACGGAAUCCAUUGAAUCGAGCUCCCAUAUUACUUCUUCCUGCUGUAAAAAAGCGAAUGCAUAUCAACAAUCCAGAUCUAGAAAGCUUAGCCCCAAGCAAAAAGCUAGAUUUUUCAGGCCCAUUUAAGAUCUUGGCCACACCGAGUGUUAUAGUUGUGCUAUGUGUUGCGAGUAUGCAAUUUGCAAUUUACCAAUGUCAAUUGACCGUUCUAUCAAGUAUUGUCCAAGACAAUUAUGAUCUGAGCAUUGCCCAAGUGGGUCUGUGUUAUUUACCGAGCGGAAUUUGCAGCCUGAUAAGUGUUGUUACGAGUGGGAGGGUUUUGAAUUGGAACUACAAACGAAGAUUCGCACAGCAUCAGUUAAAGCUGCAGACUUUGAAGAAAGAAUUGUUAGAAACUUACGGUGGCGACGUCAAAAUUGUGGAAGAAAUGCUCAAGACUGAACGGCAAUACAAAUUCAAUAUAUAUCGAACAAGGCUGGAAGUUGGUUUCUUUCCCAUGAUUUUGAGUUUUGCAGGUUAUAUUGCAUUUGCCUGGUGCAUUGAUGUAAGAACGAAACUCGCAGCAGUUUUAUUCUGUAGUGGAUUUGCGUCGUUGUUUUCGAAUAGUAUUGUAUCGUGUACAAGUACGUUAUUGGUCGACCUGUACCCUGAAAAGUCCUCUAGUGCGACUGCAUGUCUAAACCUUUUUCGUUGUUCAUUUGCUGCUAUAUUCGUUGCCGCCUUAAGCUCCAUGGAGAAAAAAAUGUCAGUUGGUGGAACUUUUACAUUCAUGGUUGCCAUAGCUUUCCUGUUUGCAGUGAUCAUGGUAUUUGUUGUAGGGUCGAAACUAGCAAAGGAUACUGCUGAAGAAUCCUUUGAAUAA